UUAUUUGUCGCGUUCAAUGUUCAAUGUCUGAGGGUAAAAUCAUCAGCAGCAAAGAGUGAACGAGUGUGUAGAGGCAUCGCCCUAGAUAACGGUAGAAUUGUGGACUGUUGCGAGUGUCUUCCACGCGUUAAAAGACGUCCGUAAAUAUUAUUAAAUACGUGGAAAUAAAUACUACAGUUAAUUUUUGUUAAGUGGUUAUUAAUAAACUUAUUAAAAAUACAUUAAUCAACAAUAUUGUAAUUAAUGGUGUUUAAUAUUUAGUUAAGAGUUGAUCGGGUAAACGGAAAACGGCCCCCCGCACACGGCGUCUGCGGUUACUUCGGUGUAUAAACGAGUAAGAGUUUACACGCUACACAAAACUCCGGGCAAUAGCAGUGACACACUCGCACUUACACACUCUACUAGUGAUAAUAAAUAUAUAUAUACAUAUAUAACAAAUAUAUAUAUAUUAUUAUUAUUAUUAUUGUACGUAAAAUAAAUAUUGUUACUAGAAUUAGUGUGUGUUUAAAAAUUUGAAUUUAAAUUUUAAUUAAUAAAUUGCAUAAUAACAAUAAAUCUCCAUGUACUUAUGGCGGAGUGAUGAGCAAGACACAAGACAGGAAAUAAUUAAUUGACGAAAGAAAAACACACACGUUUAAUCAUAAUAAUAAUAAACAGACAUAUCGGAAUAUUAUUUUUACAUAAAUAAUUAUAACCGGGAAGAUUGUGCGUGUUUUAAAAGUAGUGUUAUUUUUUUUUGUUGUUGUUUGUAUGUAAUUUUAAAUUACAUUGUGAAACAGCGGGAAAUAAACGUGAUAGGCGAUACAGGGUAUAGUUCGUUGCUGAGACGACAGGAAGACAAGACGUGGCGAAUUCGGUGACCCCGCGGCUGUGACACGACAAGAAUAGUUAGUUAGAAGAGUAAAAAAAAAAGGAAGAGAAUGCGUGAAUAUAAAAUAGUAGUGUUGGGUAGUGGAGGUGUCGGCAAAUCAGCCCUCACUGUUCAGUUUGUUCAGGGAAUAUUCGUUGAGAAAUAUGACCCAACCAUUGAAGACAGUUAUCGCAAACAAGUCGAAGUUGAUGGUCAGCAAUGUAUGCUGGAAAUUCUCGACACAGCUGGCACGGAACAAUUUACGGCUAUGAGAGAUCUUUACAUGAAAAAUGGACAAGGAUUUGUUUUAGUUUAUUCGAUAACCGCACAAUCGACGUUUAAUGAUCUUCAAGAUCUUCGGGAACAAAUAUUACGGGUAAAAGAUACCGAUGACGUGCCAAUGGUAUUAGUUGGUAAUAAGUGCGACUUGGAAGACGAAAGGGUAGUGGGUAAAGACCAAGGUGUUAAUCUUGCACGGCAAUUCAACUGCGCCUUUAUGGAGACCUCUGCCAAAGCUAAAAUUAAUGUUUAUGAUAUUUUUUAUGACCUCGUGCGACAAAUAAACAAAAAAUCACCGGAGAAAAAAAUAAAACAAAAAAAGAAAUCGUUGUGCCUACUUUUGUAAAGUUGACGUGCUUCUUGCCACGUAUAACUAACGUGACACACAGAGUAAAAUAAUAAUAAAUAAAAAAAAAAAAAAAAAAAAAAAGAAAGAAAAAAAAAUAAUAAUAAUAAAAGCAAAUAAAUAAAAUAACUAAAAAAUUUUUAAGAACUACAAUCGGGUAUGAAAAGUACGAGCAAAGAAAAUGAAUGAAGACAAAAAUCCGGGACGUUGCUGAAUAUUAAAAAAAAAAAAAAUAAUAAUAAUAAUAUGAAAUAAAAUGAAGUUAAGUAAUUAAGAUCAAGGGGAAUGCUCGUUAAUAAAGAAAAUAUAAAAGCAGAUAGGAAUAAAAAAUGAGAGACGGUUGUAGUUAAUAACAACAACAAUAUUGACGACGGAGGGGCAGAAAAUUGUAUAUAAGUUUGUCUCGGGGUGGCUCAUGUGCACGCGCGACAACAGCGCACAAAAAAUAAAUAUAACGGAAAUAGAAUGAGAAAUGAUAACGAUAAUAAAUAAAAAUAAAUUUAAAAAGUUAUGAGAACAAGUGCGAGACCCCGCGGCCAAUGGUUAUCUCUGUAGGUUUACAUUUAAAAAUUUUUUUUUUAUUAUAUAAUAUUAUGUAUUUAGGAAGUUUAAAAAAAAAAGAUAAAUGAGAAGGAAUAUGUUGACUUUUCUUUUUUUUUAUGUGCGCGUGCACAGGUCACCAGCCCCUAUGCAUUCGACGCGCACCUAUCUCUCUCUUAUAUAAUUAUAAUUAUUAUUAUUAUAUAUAGAUGGUACAUACAAUGAUUAUUAAUUAUUAUUAUUAAUUACUAUUAUUAUUAUUAUUAUUAAUAUUAUUAUUAUUAAUUAUCAAAGCAUCAAAAUAUUAAUAAGUUAUCAAUCGUUUGUUUCCUAAACAAUAUAUGUUUUUCUAUAUCUCCGUAUUUGAACGCAAGUAAUAAAAAUUCAGUAAAUGUUAA